AUGCCUCUGAAUUCUGUGGUGCCCAGUAAUGGGAACCCUCUGAGUGCUACUCCGGUCCAGCCUUUCUCGUCAUGGCUCUUGAAUCAGCUCAUGGCGUUGCGAACACGGGCAAAAAUCUCCAAGCUUGGAAAAUAUUCGGCAAAACGCGUGGAGUCGCUUGAAAAAUACUGCCAGCAGACUUCCCCCUUACGAGUGAUACUGGUUUGUACUCUGAUGCCGUGGCCUGCAUUGAUACUUGAGCUCAUUGCCGAGUGGAUUCCUCUUCAAGACCCGUCAAGCGGCUGGAAGGCAAAUAUUGGGGCAUACAUCCGGCUUUUUAUUGCUAUUUCAGCAGCGGCAGGGGCAGCGCUCUUCCAGAUUCGCUCCACAAUACCGAGGCUCUCUCCGUUAAAAAUGGCAAUAAUUUCAGGCGGAGGUGGAUGCUGCGCGGUCGUAGUGACGGUGGUAGUCGCAAGAUUUUGGGUUUUUCCCGUUCCGUUCAGCUUCUUCAUCUUUGGACCAUGCGUCACUGUUACCUUUGUGAUAUUAUUACUCUUCUUAUUGAGGAACACAAGUGGCAGAGCUUCAAGAGAAGAGUUCCAAGGCUCUCUUCGGCAAAAGCUAUCUCUCAUCAUUGCUCAAGUUCUUCUGGCAACCGUCUACAUUACAUUCAAUGUUGGCUUUGCCAGGAGUUCAUCCCUGGGGCGAGUAGCUCUUGUCCUAUUCCUACCCGUGAUGAAGAUCUCAUUGAAACACUUGCUAGCGCGGCUGGUCUUGGACAUCCCAGAAUCCAUCCCGACAGUCGUCGUCUUCACGGUCGACGUCUUCAACGGAUUGUACACUUCGAUAUGCAUGCAAUCUUCAGGAUCCUGGUACACAUCCCUUUUGAUGAUUUUC